ACUCUAUGAAGAACAGAACAUUUUUUUUAAAAAUCACUGAAAUUUGGGUAAAAUAAUGCCUUAAAAAAUAGAAUACGAACGCUUUCUUCAUGACAGCUGACAACGAUGACAUGAAACGAUUAUCGUUUAUAUGUAUGCUAGAGUCUCUCUCAUUCAUCUCAUCGGCAACGAUACAUGUGUUGUUACUCAAUGUUACCGAAAAUUGGCUUGCUAAAAAACAAAAAAAAAUGUAUGCCAAGUAGGAUCUGUAUAGCUUCCUCACUAUUUCUAUUGAGUUCAUAAUCAUCAUUUAUACUUAAAGAUCUAUGAAUCGUCGUUUCAGAGUAAAACCUAUGAGAGAAGUUAUUUUGGAAACAUAGUCUUGAAAAAGAAAUACGUACGAUUUUGCAAAAGUAGUGGAUGGAAUUUGAUAAAAUAGUGGACCGAAUUCGGACCAAUUUGAACGAGCCAUUUUUAAAAUUUAGGUCCAUAAAGGAAAAUAAUUUUGCGCAUCUGUAGGUGAAAGUCUUUUAAAAGCAGUGGGUAGAAUUUGAUCAUUUUUUUACUAACCCUUAACUCCUGUAAAACUUUGUGCCAAAUCGAAGGUGCGGUUUUUUUUAUAUACAGGGUAUCAAGAAAAAUACGUUAGUGGGUAUGCAAGAGGAAGUAGUGCACGAAAUUUAAUGAUAUUGUCAUGUGGCCAUCUAGGAAUCAAUCCACAAAGUCUCUUAAAAAUCGAAUGAAAAGUAGUAGGAUAUAUCCUCCAUAUAGAUUUUACUACAGACAGACCUCCUUGAUGUUAGUAAUGUAAAACACGAUUAGAAAUUUUAUAUUCUUAGUACGAAAACAUAGGAAACUUCUAGCAUAAAUACAAAAUUUCUUUAAUUUAGGUAGAGAGGAAGCAACGCCCUAAUAAAUUUUACCAAUUAAUCAAUGACUUUUGUUGAGCAGGCAUGAAACUUUGGCCUAAAUGUCGGCAAAAUAAAUUAAAUACAAUUUAUUUUUACUUUGUACUUCAAGUGACUACUAUCCCCAACCAACUUCUCUUGUGGAAAUAGUUAAAUAAAAAUAUACCUACAUGUAUACUUAUAAUAGCAAAGGCCAAAACAUUGUUUUGAACGUUUCAAUACUGAUUGGCAUGAAGUAAGUUUAUUUAAUUUAAAAUGUGUUCAAUGUUCUUGUUCUAUCUUGAAUUUUAAUUUACUUGUAAAAUUUAAUAUUAUUAGCAAUAUUUCAUUUACUGUAGGAUUAUUGUUACAUUAUAUUAUUUUUUCGACAAUAAAUAAGAGUAUGACGUUAAGUUUAAUUCUUAUCUCAUUCUAUUUUAAUUAUUUUUGGUCAGGAUCUUCUCUAAAUAAAGUUUACCAUUAAAUACAAUGAAUAAGUUACGCCUAUAAAAUGGAAUUAAUUGCUAUUGUCUCCUCUUAUCCCUUCCCAACCUGUUAUGCCUAAUGUUAAGAAGGUUAUUUGGUCAUCAUAAGUAGUUCUUAAUUGGAUGUUAAUGAGUUAAAUCAAUCACAUUAUCUACAAUGGCUUUGAAAGGCAUAACAGUCCUGGAAUUGAGCGGAUUGGCUCCUUCACAAUUUUGUGGCCACAUUUUGGCAGAUUUUGGGGCAAAAGUGAUUCGAAUUGAUAAGGUUGGACAUCUUGGUCCACACGAGCAACUUUUAGGACAUGGAAAAAAAUCUGUCUCCGUUAAUUUGAAACUGCAACAGGGAAGAGACGUGAUAAAAAAGCUUAGUACAAAAUCUGACGUAUUAAUAGAACCAUUCAGAGCAGGGGACUUCGCAGCAGGAAGUGUCCUCUGUGCUCUAGGGAUCGUGAUGGCGCUGUUCGAACGAACGAGAACAGGAAAAGGCCAAGUCGUCGACCUCAGCAUAACCAGAGGUUGUUCCUACCUCGCUUCUUGGAUAUUCGCUACCAAAGACUCAUUGUGGUCUGACCAGCGAGGUCGCAAUUUGUUAGAUGGUGGAACUUAUUUAUACAACACAUACGAAACAAAGGAUGGUAAAUGGAUGGCAGUUGGAGCUCUAGAAAAAAAAUUCUAUGACAAUGUCUUAAUAGGAUUAGGUCUAAAAGAAGAAGAUUGCCCGUAUUUCUCUGAAAAUGGAUUUAGUAUUUUUACAAGAAUAUUCAAAGAGAAGACUCAAGCUGAAUGGAUAAAGAUUUUCAAAAACCUGGACGCAUGCGUGACUCCUGUUUUAAGCUUGGAAGAAUCCAUUAAUAGUAGAUCUGAAGAUUUCACGGCAAACACUAAUACUCAUCUUCCGUUGCCUCUGCCUGAGCCUAGAUUGAGUCAAAGUUUUGGUAGCUCACCUUCGAACUCCUAUAAAUCUCCUCUUGUUGGAGAACACACUGAAGCUGUCCUGCUAGAAGCGGGUUAUAGCAAAACAGAAAUAAAAGAACUUGCUGAGCAAAAUAUUGUAUAUCUGUCACAAAAGUCGAAGUUAUAGCACUGGAAGUUAUAAUAACGGAAAAAUCUGAGUAUUUAGUCAGAUAAUGGACUGCAGUAGUCGAAUUCCGAUUAAAGUUGGCAGUUAUUUUACAACCAAUUAAGGUUAUGGUGGGUUGAGGUGUAAAUAUUAUCUGUUACAGCCGAAUCAAAAUGAAUGUUUUUUGUUUAGGAUAUAUAUUAGUCUCAGGGUUUAAUGUAACCUAUUUCUGCCUCGAAACUAUCAAGAACGGUAGGAAAGUAAUUCUAUAGUGGAUCCUACACGGUCAGUCAGAAUGGCAUUCUGAGGAAUGAUUGACAAUCUGAUUGAUCAUGUAAGGUUAAGAUUGAUGUAUUGAUGGAUUUCCAGAAAUCUGAAAUCAAAGCUUCAAUAAUAAAAAGUGGAGGGAAGACUAGCAUAAAAGUGGGGGGAGGAUAGUCUACGUUUCGACCUACGAUAUUGGUCUUCAUCGGGGAUUUUCUCCAGCAAAGCCACAGGAAGCAACGGAACUGCUGUUGAUUGAUACUAGUUAUCAAAUAAAUAUUAUUCCCACAUAUUAUGUGAAUGACUGUUGACUAAGCCCCUCCUAAUUCCUGACCAACUUCUUAGUUUAGAACCACGAACAAUUAUUCUCAUACUAUUAAAAGCUUUAUUAAUGUUUAAAAAAAUAUAUAUUUUUAUAUGCUAAAUUAUCACUUAAUAAAAAUUUGAUUACAAAU